AAUAAUGCCACUCUUGGGCAUUGGAAUUGUAGGGUUCUAAGCUCGAGAGAAGGCGGUGGAAUUGGCGCCUAGCGCAAUUCUUAUUUUAGGUCAUGGCCGCGGAUCUUCGCGUGGCGCUGCUGCCCGGCGAGGAAUCCACACCAUGCACAGAGAGCUCCGGAUCGGCGGCGCCGGCGCUCAAGAAUGACGAUCGCAAGGCUGACAGCGGCAGAGCAUUGGAUUGCCUCGAGGAGGAGGACCGAUUGGUGCUGUGGGAGGAGGUGAAGCGCCAGUGCUACAUUGCGCUGCCGAUGAUCUGCGUCAAUCUCCUCCAGUUUUUGAUCCAGGUCACGUCGGUCAUGCUCGUGGGGCACUUGGGGGAGCUCCAGCUCGCCAGCGCUUCCCUCGCCACGUCCUUUUGCGUUGUCACUGGCUUCAGCUUCCUGAUGGGCAUGGCCAGUGGUAUUGAAACUCUUUGCGGACAAGCGUUUGGAGCACGGCAGUAUCACUUACUUGGCAUUUAUCUACAAAGAGCUGUUGUAGUCCUCCUCAUCCUAUGCGUACCGAUUGCCGUCGUGUGGCUCAACGUGGAACAUCUUCUCAAGGCCCUGGGACAGGAUCCGGUCAUCUCUUACAACGCUGGGAUCUACGCUCGAUGGUUGAUCCCGGGACUGGUUGCCUACUCGGCUCUCCAGCCGCUUGUCAAGUUCCUACAGACGCAGAGUGCCGUGAUCCCGAUGAUGUUGUGCUCGCUGUUCACGCUGUGUGUCCACAUUCCACUGUGCUGGGUUUUUGUCUACAAGCUUGAGUUUGGUAUCAAGGGGGCCGCCAUAGCAGCGACUUUUUCCAACUGGCUCAAUGCCAUACUACUGGCGAGCUAUGUCAAGUUCUCGAAGACAUGUCAGAAGACGUGGACCACUUUCUCGGCGGAGGCUUUUCAAGACUUCAGAGGCUUUUUCCGGCUCGCUAUACCUUCGGCGGUUAUGAUCUGCUUUGAGUACUGGUCGUUCGAAACUCUCGUACUUCUUUCCGGAAUUUUGCCCAACCCUCAACUUGAAACGUCAGCUUUCUCGAUUAUAUUAAACACAUUGUCUCUGUGCUAUAUGGUUCCUUAUGGCCUGAGUGCGGCAGCAAGCACUCGAGUGUCAAAUGAACUUGGAGCUGGGCACCCAGUGUCCGCAAAGACUGCAGUAUGUGUGACAAUUAGCAUUGGACUUUUGGAUUCCUGCCUAGUUGCUACACUGUUGCUCUCGACGCGGAACGUCUUGGGAUAUGCCUUCAGCAACGAGGAGGAGGUCGUCAAGUACGUAGCAAGCUUAAUGCCACUUACAACACUCAUAAGUGUUCUGGAUCCUAUUCAAGGGAUUUUUUCAGGUGUAGCUAGAGGCUGUGGAUGGCAAGGUUUAGGCGCCGUUGCAAACCUUGGAGCAUAUUAUAUUGUGGGUUUACCAUUGGGAUCAGUUUUGGCUUUCUUCUUCGAUCUGAAGGGAAGGGGUUUGUGGAUUGGCAUAGUUUGCGGCAUUGCAACUCAAGCGACUCUCCUCACAAUCGUUACCCUCUCGACAAACUGGCAAAAACAAGCUCGAGAGGCUUGGGAGAGAGUGCAUAGAGCAGAAAAAGUUCUGGAGGAACCUAAAACAGGAUCUCAACACUGUUGAAAAUAUGGGAACUUCGAAAAGAGAACGAAAGGAAAAGCAGUGAUUUUGCUCGUGAAAUUGCAUUUUAAUUUAAAGAAUUGACGAAGUGUCUA